AUGCUCUUGCGGCUCGGCGACGGCUUCAUCUGCAUUUAUGACAUCACGAGCCGCUUAUCCUUCGACGAGAUCGACUUGUUCCGCGAGCACAUCAUGCGGAUGAAGGACGUCGACUCGUUCCCGAUGGUCCUUGUCGGCAACAAGGCCGAUCUUGACAGUCAGCGCACAGUCGAGGCGAGCAAAGGCACGCAAGCCGCCGCUUCACUUGUCUGCAACUUUUACGAGACAUCGGCCAAGACUGGCGCCAACAUCGAUCGCCGUGAGGAGGAAAAGGCCCAAGAAGCCAAGCCACACGGCCAGAAUCACCUCGACGGCCGAGUUACUGCCCAUGCGGUGUGUGAGCUUGCGCUUGCACAUGCAGAGGCUAAUGACAUUGAUGCCGGGCUUAAUGUCCUCGCUCUACCGCUCGACUCUGGGCCGCAUGCUGUGGCUGUCGGCGACGUCACCGGCGACGGCCUGCUUGAUCUGGCCUUUUCCCUCUUUGAAUCCAACCACGUCGGCGUUGCUGUAGCCUCUCCGGGCGACCUCCUCGGCAUGGCCUCUGGCGCCUACAUUGUCAUCGCCGACGCUUAUCUGGCGCCGGCAGAGCUCAAGCUCGGCUUCAUCGACGAGGACAACGUGCUUGACAUUGUUGUCCCCUGGGUCGUCUCCGACAUCGUCACCUGGUACUCAGGCUCCGCCAACCUCUCUGCUGUCGUCAACGCCCAUCGCAUCGUGGCUCCAGUUGUCGACCAUCCGCGCCACAUCGCGCUUGGCGACGUCGACCUCGACGGCGACGUUGACGUGCUCAUCUCCUCGCUCAGCGAGGACCUCAUCUCCUUUCGCCGCAACGACGGCUCCGGCUCCUUUGCAGAGCGCAUCGCCAUCAUCGAUGACAUCAACGGGCCGCGUUCGCUCGCCCUCGCCGACAUCAACGGUGACAAUCUGCCCGACAUCGUCGCCGCAGACUCAACCGGCAACCACGUGGUCGUCGUCCUCGCCGCCGCACCCGGCCUCUUCAUCGCCGGCAAGCAAGAGAUCAUGGACAAUGUCGACGCCAUUGGCCUCACCCUUGCCGACUUUGACGGCGAUGGCCAACUCGAUAUCGUCACCGCCGACACCACCUCCUCGGCCGUCCACCUCCUCACCUUUCCGGCGCCAGCCCUCACCCGCGUCUUUCCCAAGUACCGCACCGUCACUGUCACCGCCAACGGAGCCGCAUGGGCCACCAUAGCCGACUUUACCGGCGAUGGAUGGAAAGACGUCGUCGUCGCCUCGCCCAACGACAACUCGCUCGUCCUCCACCCCAACGACGGCCGCGGCUUCUUUAUCGACGAGCCUGAGACCCUCAUCUCGGGUGUCUUCCUCGGCGCCCGUGCCGUCGAUCACGCCGACUUUGACGCCGACGGCGCCAUCGACCUCGUCGCCGCCGGCGACGACGCCGCCACUGUCGGUCUGUGGCGCAACGCCGGUCGCGGCUCCUUUGCCACCGCGCCCUUUGUCGUCGACGCAGACUGCGCCGGCGCCAUGAAAGUCAAGGUAGCCGAUCUCAACGGCGACAACGCCCCAGACAUCGUCGCUGCCUGCGCAGACUCGGUCGCGCCCACUUCGGCGGUCAAGGUCUACACCAACCCCGGGCCUGCUGUCGCAUUCUCCGCCACCUGGCCCGCGCUAGCUAUUCACGACACCGCCCCGACCGACGUCGUCACCGUCGACAUCGCCAUCGGCGACAUCGAUGGCGACGGCCGCCCGGAUAUUGCCGUCUCCUACUCCACCAUCAGGCUCUUUGGCUGGCUCCGCAACCUCGAUGCGCCCUCGGCUCCGCUCGCCUUUGCUCCACUCGCCGCCAUCCACUCGCCCACCGCCGGCUUCCCGCGCUCGCUCGCCCUUUGCGACGCCGACGCUGACGGCGCGCUUGAUAUCAUCCUCGGUACAAAUGGUGGCUCGCCUGUCGUGAGCGUUGCCUACGGAUCGCUCACAUCGCCCGGCUCGUUCUCGGCGCCCAUCGCCGUGCCCGGUGUCUUUGCCGACCCAUACCUCGGCCCAUGCGUCGACGUCAACGGUGACGGGAGCCCCGACCUGGCCCUCGGCUCGGCCGGGGAUGAUCGCAUCGUCUUUGUUGCCAACGCCGGCGGGCGAGACUGGGAAGAGGCCCAGACCGUCACAUCGCUCUUUGAUCGCCCCGCCAACGUCGCCCUUGGCGACAUCAACAACGACGGCUUCCUCGACCUCACCGCCACCAUCCCCGCCGAGAACUCGGUCCGCCUCUUUGUCCAGCGCCCAGCGCUGCGCGCAAAGCCAGCCCUUCCGCUCCUCCCGUCCCAUCCCACCGUCUUUGACCUCCACUACGCCCUCAGCACCGCAUCGCGAUGUAUGCCCGUCGAGAUCGAGCUACCGCCCGGUGCAACACUCGGCCACUGCCCGACUGCCGGCCAUCUACUCGUCCCGGCUGACGCAUGGUGGUCCAUCUCGGGCCCAGCCUCGGCUACCCGCCCGGUCAUCGACUGUGCCAUCGGCGGUGGCGGCGUCCUGUGGGAGGUCGUUGCCGGCGGCCAGCUGACCCUGGCCAAUCUUGUCCUCGCCAACGCCACCGUCGGCGCGUCGCCCACCGCCGUCACGGGCCUCCGCGCCGCAGGCGCUGGCGCCGAUCUGCGGAUGGCCAACGUCACCAUCACCAGCUUCUCCUCCAUAUCGGCCUCUCCCUUUCAGUUCUUUGCCGGCAUGGGCGGCGCGCUUGCGGUCGUCGAUGGCGCCGUAGUGGAGGCCAUCGGCUGCGAGUUUGUCGCCAACUCGGCCUCGGACGUCGGCGGCGGCAUCGUCGCCCUCGGCCAGGCGCCCUCGCUGACUCUUGUCAACACCGUCCUCCGCGGCAACAAGGCCGGCGGCCGUGGUGGUGGCGGACUGGCCGUCGUGGCCAACUCGGCAACCAUCACCAUCACCGGCGGCUGCAUCACCGCCAACAUCGCCGCCGCUGGCUCGGGCGGCGGCAUCAUGCUCGACGCCGCGAGCUCGCACUCGACCGUCUCUAUCUCGCGAACAGGCAUCUCGGCAAACUCGGCGCGGCUCGCCGGCGGCGGUGUCGCUGCCUUUGCGGCCACAGGAGCCCAGCUCAGCCUGGGCGAUGCCGCUUUCAUCUCUGGUAACGAUGCCGCCUACGGCGGAGCGGUGGCGAGCAUGGCCGCCGGCUACGUCAUGCUCGAUGCUGCCGCCAGCUCGGCUGCAUGGCUCUCACCAGUCUCGUCCCCUGUUGCCGCGCUAGCCCGCCCGACCCUCGUCAUCGGGUCCGGCUCCACCCUCGCUCACAACACAGCCAGCUACGGCGGCUCAAUGUUCGCCUGUGGGGCCGAGAUCAGCGCUGCCUCGGCGAGCAUGUCCGGCCCCAGCAGUGCGCGGAUCGGAGGCGGCCUCUGGUUCGUAUGCAGCGGAAGCGCGUCGUUGCCAACCUGGAUUCAGCCGCCAGCCAAUGCCGGCAGUGCAACACUGACUGCCGAUGGGUACGGGCCUGUCGGCGCAACGCCUGCCACGGCGCUGACAAUCAACCUACCGAGCUCAGCUGCGGUCAUCACGGGCGUUGCUGUCGGCUCGGGCUGGGUCGGCGCAACCGAUGCGCUCGGCCAGGCGGUUGUCGACGGCUCACUCGUGGCCUCGAUCUCGGUCGCCGCGCCAUUUGCCGUUCGCGGUGCCGAGCUCGGCAUCCAGUUCGCCAUCAGAGCCGGCGGCGGCGCAGCGCUCGACUCAGUGGUGGUGAGCGGGCCUGGCUCGGCGCUGCCUGCCGAGCUUGAGCUAGCGAUCACACUCGAGGGGCCCGGCUCGCAGGCCCGCGAAACAGUGGCGAUCGUGCUCGGCCUCUGCCCGCCGGGCUAUGGGGCGAGCGGGCUCAGCAGCACCGAGAGCGAGCUCCUGCGAUGCGUGCCCUGCUCAGACGGCUCGUACUCGCCGAGCUCGUCGGCGGAGCCGUGCAAUGCCAUUCCAAUCUGCCCGGGACGAGCGUUCCGGCGGGCGGCAGCCAAUGCGACGGCCCUGGUGAGCUGCGAGUGUGAGUUGGGGGCGUGGACCCGCGAGGCACCGCCGAUGCUGACGGCGGCUUGCGAGCCGUGCCCACGCGGCGCGGUGUGCGACGGCGGAUGGACCAAGCCGCGGGCCGGCCGCGGCUUCUUCCCCAUUGACGGAUCCGAAGAGCUCUUCCUCUCGUGCCCGAACGCGGCGGCGUGCGUCGGCGGCGGUAGAUGCGCCGCCGGCUACCAGUCGACCAUGUGCUCUGCCUGCGCGCACGGCUACUAUCGACUCGGCACAGCAUGCCGGCCGUGCGAUUCGACCCGCCAAGGUGUGAUCAUCACGCUGCUUGUGCUGGCCGGCGUGGCACUUGUGGCGCUCCUGCUCGUGUUCAACCUCUCGGAGCAGCUCAACUACCGCUUCGCUGCGGCGAUGAUUGGGCUCAACGCACUUCAGGUCGCCGCGCUCUACGGCAAGAUCGAGAUCGAGUGGGGCGACUUUGGCGAUCUGUUCUUCGACAUUGCGUCGAGCGUGAACCUCAACAUCGAGCUGUCGUCGCCCGAGUGUGCUGCGAGCGCAGGCGUCGACGUCUGGGUGGUCAAGCUCAUCCUCACGCUCCUGCUGCCAGUGAUGGCGGCGAUCGUGGUGGUGAUCGUGGUGUGCACCACGUUCUACCCGCUGCAGAUGGCAGGCGCCCCGUGGUUCUGCCACAAGACUAGCGCGCAGUUGAUAUCGGCGAGCGUCCGGACCAUGUUCCAGAUCCUGGUCCUGCUGUACCUCCCGCUGGUGGCUGCGGCGUUCUCUGUCUUUGGCUGUGCCCGCGACGAGGCCGGCCGGUGGUAUGUGGCGGACGAUCCAUCGCGGGCAUGCUACGACUCGCGAUGGUGGGCCUUAUUCCCGAUCGGCUUUGCCGGCAUCCUUGUCUACGCCCUGGCUGUUCCCAGCCUCGUCGUCUUUGUGCUCCGCCGGCAACGGGCUCGCGAAGACGGCAUCAGCUUUGUUCUCAAGUACGGCUUCCUUGUCGCGCGAUUCAAGGACGCACACUGGUACUUUGAGGCGGCCAUCAUGGGCCGCAAGCUUGUCCUUGUCGCCGUCCUCACAGCCUUUGCCGCGCCUGACUCCAAGGCAUCGGCCGGUGUGGUGGUCCUCGCCGGCUCGCUCGUCCAUCUCGCGGUCGUCCUCCCGUACCGGGCAACGCUGCACAACAGCCUGGCGGUCGGGGUGCUUGCGGCGGCGGCGCUGGUUCUCGAGGCCGGAACCGUGGAGGAUCGCAAGGUCCGGCACGCCGGCGUGGGCAUCGGCAUUGUGACGAUUGUGGUCGGCAUCGUGGUCGGCAACGUUCUAGACGUGCUGCGCAUGCUGCGGUCGGAGCGCAAGGCCGCGGAGGAGCUCGACGAUGAGAUGAUGGGCAUGAUGCGGACGAGCGAGGACACCGACGGUGACGGCGCGACGCUGGUAACCAUGUCGUCGAUGGAUUCUGUGGCCAUCGGCCACGUCGAGUCGCAGCAAUUUAACUCGAUUGCACCGCCGCCGCCGCUGGACACCAUCGAGAGCCAUGCCACCACAUUCAGGCUGGCCGAGACCGAGUCGAUGGUCGCCGGCGGGCUCUCGUCGCUGCAGAUGGAGCCCUCGUCCGAGUCCGAGCGCGAGAACGAGUCGUCCUCCUCGAGGUCCGAGUCCGAGUCCGAGUCGAUCUCGGCAGCGUGCGCCCGGACAGAUCCCGGAGCCGCGGCGGGGGUGUUGGUAGACGGCAACGGUUCGGGCGCAGCGUUGCCCAGCUGCGAGUAG